AUGUGGGACUCCCUGGAUGACCCCAAUAAGAGACGGGAGAUCCGAUAUGGGAACAACAUUUAUGUGCUGUUCCGCGCCCUUCUACAUUGUAGGAAGUUCUAUGGUCAGGACUCCCUCUGGGUCGCCAUCAGUCGGGGUUUCAACACCAGCGCCACCAUCGUGAAGGUGACAGCCGAAAUCCUAACCGAGGCCCGAAGGGCCCAACGUGCCAAACCAUCCCAUGGAAGCUCAUACCCCCGUGUGCUAUCUGACCCCGGAAGUCUACGAGCGUUGCCUGAUGCUUUCUUCCAGGACCCAAGAGAAGAAAUACGUCAACGCCGCCAAGGCGCCCGUAAACGGGCGCCUGCCACCCCCCUAUAUGACCCUAGAUUUGAUAUGCCGGCCCGUCACGGCGGACUGCCUUCUCCUUCGACCAAGGAUGAAAGCCCAAGGGAAACCGACAGGCAGUGGCCGCCAGAGUUCGGGCGCAAACGCUCGGCCUCUCCGCCAGCCGCUUCUAGCUCUAAGUCCAGGCGCCUUGACCAUGACCCUCGUCGCCAACAUCGGCCAGAACCCGACAGGCAUGGCGCUCUCGAUGAGCUACCCAAGAUUCAGCCGACCAGAAGCCCGCCACGGCCAACACAACCUCGGUCAGCUGUCCCGACAAGAGGAGACGAGCGGUCGAACAAUUCGGCCGCGCCAGCGCGGGAGCCGCUUCCCCCAAAACGUAGUAUUACGGUUCCCCCCAAGCCUAGUGUUGCGGGUCAGAGAGAGGCCGCUCCCAGCGCCCCAGUGAAAACACAGUCUGCCUCAUCCCUGGCCGUUACACAUGACGACUCGGCGCUGAAAGCGCGCAUCGCGAGCUUAGAAAAACAGUUAGCCGAAGCCGAGGCCAAGAGCAAGUUGAGCACGGCGCCGGCGAGCCCAGCCCCCGCAACUGCGGCAUCCUCUAGCCAACUCGGCAAGGACAUGGUCGAACUGAAAAAGGAAAUGGCGACAGCGACCGGCGCCAUCAGCACCAUGAUGGAAUCGAUGCACUACAUCGUUGACAACCUAAGCUCCGUACAGGAAGAAAUCUCAGGCUUCACCACCGAACAACAAGCCCUCAAAGCCGCCCUCCCCCAACUCAGCAACGGCACUAGCACCGCCACCCCCCAACCUCGACGCCCUCCUCACCCCCCUCCAAACCCUCAUCACCGCCGUCAACACCCUCCAGCAAGACGUCACCCACCUCAAAACCCAUCGCCCGACCCCACCACCCGCCCAGCCCCAACCCCAACCAGACACCAACCACCACCACCCGCCACCUCGAAGCCCUCCCUCAAAGCCCCAAACCGCCCGGCCUCGAACAAACUCAGCCAGCAACUCGCCACCAUCCAACACCACCAACAACGCGAAACCACCCCCCACCAACCCCACCAACAAACCCAGCAGCCGCAAACCCUCCGCCAAGCCAUGGCCGCCGCCGAGCGCGACCUGCAGCACCACCUGAACAGGGUCCAAGCCUUCUACCACCGCGGCGGCGGCGUCGGCAGCGGUGGCAUGGGCAGUGGCGCCGGUGCCGGGUCGGGGGGCAGCCGCGCGGCCGUCGAGCGCACCGCCGACUUGCUGGCUGUGCUGGCGGAUGGGGUGCGCGCCGCGCAAGCUGGGCAGGCGGGGGUUUGA